AUGUUUCCGACAGGACAGGGACGCAUGAAUCAAUUGGGAGGCGUCUUCAUCAACGGCCGACCGCUACCGAAUCACAUUCGCCUGAAAAUUGUCGAAAUGGCAGCGGCUGGAGUCCGCCCUUGCGUGAUAUCGCGACAACUUCGCGUCUCUCACGGCUGCGUUUCGAAAAUUUUGAAUCGCUACCAGGAAACUGGCUCCAUUAGACCGGGCGUCAUCGGUGGUAGCAAGCCGAGGGUAGCAACCCCUGAAAUCGAGGCGAGGAUAGAAGAAAUGAAAAGGGACAAUCCGGCAAUCUUCUCGUGGGAAAUCAGAGAAAAAUUGGUGAAGGAAGGUUUCUCAGACCCUCCAAGUGUCAGCUCCAUCAGCAGGUUACUUCGCGGUGGACGACCUGGUGAUGAUGGGAAAAAGGACUACACCAUCGAUGGUAUACUAGGCGGCGGUCGUUGUGGUGAUGAAUCCGAUACGGAAAGCGAACCUGGAAUUCCUCUAAAGCGAAAGCAACGGAGAAGCAGGACGACAUUCACUGGGGAACAACUAGAACAACUGGAGACAGCGUUCCAGCGUGCUCAGUAUCCGGACGUUUAUGCUAGGGAAGAAUUGGCUCAGAGGACUGGUCUCACGGAAGCAAGAAUUCAAGUGUGGUUCAGCAAUCGCAGAGCGCGACUACGAAAGCAUGCAGGAAGCAUAGUUCACUCGGUAGCAAACUUGCCAUUGACUCCCUGUCAAUAUGCGAGCCACGAGCUUGCGCAAAUACCACAGGUCCCUCAAAUACCAUCUGGAAUAACGCAAGUUCCAACCACGUUGCACCAUAGCCCAACGACGUUGCAACAAGCAAGCACCGCUGUUCAUCAGGUUCCAGGAACCAAUGCACAGUUGUCAACCACCACUUCCGUGGCCCAAGUGCCUUCCACGAUCGGUAGUGCCCUUCAAGGGCACGCGGUGUCGAUUUCGGGACAUUUGAGUUCUUUACAAGGACACGCAAUGCAACUUGGACAAGUACCGACGAUUCAGCCUCCUGCGGCUCACGGGGCACCUACGACCCUCUCUCAUAACCCUGGUAACACCGAUUGGUCCAGGGCGCAACUCGGCUGGGGACAGUUCAAUCACUUCCAAGGUGAAUAUACGUCGAGUCAUUCGAGUCAUCAACAUUCCUCGCACGCGAGUCAUGCUGGUACACCGUCUUCUGGUACCGGGAAUUCUGCAUCGGCGGCGGAGUGGUACGACCAGGGCUACGAUUAUUCCCAACACGCUCAGUUGAACUAUCAUCGAAGCGUGGGCGGCAUAUUUUAACGGACGAUGAUUGCAUGGGCAUUAGUAAAAGUCAGUUAGGUAUCGAUCGACGUUUUAUUGCGCAUUAUGGGUUUCGCCUUCUGGAGAACUUUCCGGUUCUCCAUCUUCUUCUUCAAUAAUCCCUGUGAGUUUAGCAAGUUUGCUUUGUCUUUACUUUAGACACUCGAGAUAUCUGAGAAAUAAAAAUAAGGAAAAUGGAUAAAGGUGGAUUUAGAUAUGUUCUGCUUGUCUCUUGUGGUCUUCGAGUUAUAUUGUACAUUUUGUAAAUAAUGCAAGAUAGAAUGCGGCAUUUACACUGUUGGGCAAGAGUUUUAAAUCGCUGUACAUUCCAAAGAAUGACAAAGCUUUCAACAGAGUUCUUAAUGAAGAGUAAGCGACGUGGCAAUAUGUUGGCACAAUACGCAUUUUAGUGCUGUAUUAAUAUAACAUUAAUUGUAAUAUAGUUAGCAUAAGUCGUAUGAGCAUCAAAGAAUAAUCUGUAAAAUAUAGAAAGAAAUUAUUUAUUAAAUUAAUAGUUGUUUUAUUUAAAAAAUUAAUAUUUUGUAUUUAACAUCGUCCCUAAAUUAGAGAAAAAGCGUGGUAUAGGAAACAUUGAAACGUUUUCAGUACAGGAAUGCAAUCGCUUAUUAAUUAGAUGAAGAAUAAAAAUUAAUGUUUGUAUCGAAAAAUUUCGUAAAAAUUUCGAGAUGUGUCUAUUUUUGUAAAUAAAUCGAUAUAUUUUUA